CCAACCUCACUCUCAGACUCCCAGCCCUCGUAGUUCCGGGGCCGGUGGAGCAGAUCAGCUUGAAGAAACAUCGGAUCCGAACGGGGGCACGGAAAUGUGCGGGGCUAUUCUGCGGUCAGCUGAACCAACCCUCUAAUUCGCCACGUUGAGUUGAGUCUAGCUUCCCAAACUUCUUCUUCCCUCUUCCGCUGGCUCACAACGAACUGUUGCCAUUGCCACCCGGUCGCGGACACCCAUAAAUAGGUGCGCGUGCAUGCAUUUCGCUCUUCACCAGCCAUAUCUUUCAGCCACUACUCAUUCAUCCUCCACGUUCGCCCUCUCCAUUACUUUCGAUACUCACCUCUAUCACAUCGUCAACAUGGGCCUACCUAUUAAGCUGGGCGUUCCCCAUGUGCCCAAAGAGGACUCCACUCAAGGACAACCCACUCAAACAAACGACCAUCAGAACCAACAACAAACGGAGGCAGCCACCGGUGCCGGUGUGAACACGGGAGCCGGCACGACCCGCUCCAAGACGGAAGCCGAGAUUGAGGCUGACCGGCUCUACGAGGAAGCAAUAGAAGAGGAGUAUGCCAGGAGAGACGGUGGCUCCUGAGUACCAUUCGACUUCAACCAAGAGAGGCGUUUGUGUAUAGGGGCGUCUUUACCACUUUCCCACUUCCCAGUAUUUAAAACCAAAAUUGGUUAAAAACUUGAGAACCCCCUUCCCCCCUCCUGCGUAUAACAAGAACCC